CCCCCCCUACCACCUCUUCCUCCUCAUUUCUCUCCUUUGCACCUAAAAGCCUUAAAACUCAUGUUUAAGAUGGAAUAUACUGAAGCAACUCCUCCUCCUCCCCCUCCUACUACUGCUACUACAUCUUCUCCUCAAUCUCUUUCUCCGAAUUCUUCGAAUUCAUCGUCUCCUCCUCCUCCUCCUCCUCCUACUACUACUACUACUUCAACUCCACCGGUUGUUAUUAGCCCUUGUGCCGCUUGCAAGAUUUUAAGGAGAAGGUGUGCUGAUAAAUGUGUCUUGGCACCGUAUUUUCCUCCUACUGAACCAGCCAAGUUUACCAUUGCUCAUCGCGUCUUUGGUGCUAGCAACAUAAUCAAGUUCUUGCAGGAACUUCCAGAGUCUCAAAGGGCUGAUGCGGUAAGCAGCAUGGUUUAUGAGGCUAGUGCAAGGAUCCGAGACCCGGUUUAUGGGUGUGCAGGGGCAAUUUGCCAGCUGCAAAAGCAAGUCAAUGAGCUCCAAGCACAAUUAGCCAAAGCUCAAGCUGAAGUAGUCAACAUGCAGUUGCAGCAAGCAAACCUUGUGGCUUUACUUUGCAUGGAGAUGGCACAGUCUCCUCAACCAAAUUCCCACCAAUCCGUCGACACUUUCACCAGCAGCCCUCAAAGCUACCAGAGCAACCCAGGCUUCCUGGAAGACAAUAACAACUUAGGGUCAAUAUGGGAGCCUCUUUGGACAUGAUUAAUGCUUAGAUCGCAUAGCAGCUUUGAGAAAGGUCCCAUGAAACUCUCCUAACUCUAAGCCAAUGGCUCCAAAGAAGGAGAAGUUGAAGGACUACAUUAGAUUAAUAAAUUUAACUUAGCAAUAGGAUAUAAUGUGAACAAAAGAUAUAUGGGGGAAAUGUCACGUAGGAUCUAAUCUCUUUGUUAAAGCUAGACGAAGUAGAUAGGUCUUUUUCCUCCAUGUAACUUGCCAUGUUUGGAGAGAAAGAGAAAUAUGUACUUUAUUUUCCUAAGUUUAUAAUUCCUGUGCUGAUUAUUGAAAUUGUAACAACUUUUAGGUCA